AUGAGCAGCCCCCGUGAAGAUCCGGCUCCUGGCCCCAGCGGAGAGCAUCUUGUGGCUGAUACCUUUGGCCCGGACGAGGACUCGGCUGUCGGCGUGCAAGAGAGGGAUCGUCUCGACAUUUCUCACCAUCUGAUGCUCUUGACGCUCGAUAGCAAGCUCGCGCUUUGUCCCAAGAACGAGACUGCGAAAAGGGUCCUAGAUCUGGGCACCGGAACCGGAAUUUGGGCCAUUGACUAUGCAUCUCAGCUGACUUCCUUUGAAGCGGACGCGCAUCCAGAAGCACAGGUGAUUGGUGUGGACCUGAGUCCCAUCCAGCCGAACUUUGUGCCGCCUAAUUGCCAGUUUGAAGUCGACGAUGUCGAAAAGGAAUGGACGUGGAGCAAUAAAUUCGACUUUAUCUAUGCCCGCAACACCGGCGGCUCGUUUGCCGACCACCAAGGCAUGAUACAGAAAUGCUUCGACAACCUCGAGCCCGGAGGCUACCUCGAGAUGUGGGACACGGGCCUGCCCGUUACCUCGGACGACGGCACCCUGACCGAGGAGCACAACCUCGUCAAGAUGUGCUACAUGACCGUCGAGGCCGCGCGCAACCUCGGCCGGCCCAUCGACCACACCAAGAAGUACAAGUCCAUGUUCGAGCAGGCCGGCUUCGAGGACGUGCACCUCCAGGUCUUCAAGUGGCCCAGCAACCAGUGGCCCAAGGACAAGAAGCACAAGACCCUCGGCCUCUGGAACCUGGCCAACAUGGACCGCGGGCUCGAGGGCCUGACCCUCUUCCUCUUCACCCGCGGCCUGGGCAUGUCGCAGGACGAGUGCUUUGCGUACGCGGCCGGGGCGAGGAAGGAGUUGAAGAACCCCAGGAUCCACGCUUAUUGGCCCAUGCACUGCUGUUAUGGCCGGAAGCCUAGCCUUGACAAGGUGUGA